AUGUCCUCGAAUUCCCAGUAUAAGUACGACGAAAUGUCGAAUAAGGUCCUUCGGGCCAACCGACGAUUGAUGGAUGAGAGACGCGACUCUCCUGUCUCGACUACUCCCCAGAGCGUCGUUGGUAAGAUCAGCAUUAAGGAGAUGGGCUCUCGAGUGGAAAGAGAGAUAAAGGAAGCCCCUGUGCCGGUCGCAAGGAAAAAGAAGAAAGUUAAUCGUUCGAUGAAGACGCUUCUUGAUGCUUCUGUUGAGGAGCUUACUUAUGUGCCGACCAGUGAAAAGUCUCAGCAAGUAUACGAGAAUAUACUCGUUUGGUGUUCAGAGCAAUUGGAUAGCGACGUUCCGGGAGACAUUGUCCAGUCGAUGGCCGACAUUAUUCUAGAGAUAUUGAAAAAUGAGCGACUGACGGACCUGCAGCGAAAAGACACUAUUGAAGAGACUAUGGGUAAGAAACUUGAGGACGAGGUUUUUCAAAAGGUUCUCGAUCUGAGCAAGGAAAUCGAUGACUGGAAGCCUCUGGACGGCGACGAAGAGGGAGGAGUAGUUAUAGAUGAGGAAGACGAAGAUGCUGCAGAAGAGGAAGAAGAAGAGGAAGAGGACGAAGAGGAAGAGGAAGAGGAGCCGGCUGAAGCUCAAGAAGUUCGAGACGACGUUCUUGUGCUUACAGCUGACGGAUCUGCCGAGACUGAAGAAUUUGAUAUUAAAUCGGUGGAUAAGUACUGGCUUACGAGACUCCUUGCUCAAGAGUUGAAGGAUUUUGACUCCUACAGACACACAGAGCUUUCGCAAAGGAUCAAUGAAUUACUUACCAAGCUUGCCGACGAGGAACUCGAUAUGCGCAAAUUCGAGUCUAGUGUUCUUCAAUUAUUUGAUUAUGAGCCCAAUGACCUUGUAAGGAAAAUCGCUAAGCAUCCGUUGGAGAUAUAUUUUGCUAUCAAGCUUUCACAAGCGUCAGAGACAGAAAAACCACAGAUAUUUGACACCAUGAUUUCUAAAGGAUUAGAGUUUUGGGUCAACCAGUAUAAGGGCAUAAGAAAACAUAGCGACGAAGAGACAUCAACGAAACGACAAAAGCUGACUGAAACAGAAAAGAAAGACGUCAAAAAGCAAGUGCCCAGAUACGUUGACCUUGAGAGCUUAAUUUUCGAGCAGGGCUCGCAUCUGAUGACAAAUACUAAAUUUCAGCUUCCUCAAGGAUCUUUCAAACGUGUUCGCAAAAGCUGGGAGGAAAUACAUGUACCGCCCCCUAAAAAACCAGAUUUCGAGGCCGACGAGAAACUUGUGGACAUUACCGAGCUGCCGGAAUGGGCACAGACCGCAUUUCCUUCAAACGAAACCAAAACUCUUAAUAGAAUACAGUCCAAAGUUUAUCCCGCAGCCUUUCACGACGAUCGAAACAUAUUAAUGUGUGCUCCCACAGGAGCAGGUAAGACCAACGUUGCUAUGUUGACUAUUUUGCGAACAAUCUCCCAAUUUAUGAACGACGAUGAAACUAUAAGUCUGAAUGACUUCAAAAUUGUAUACAUUGCUCCUCUGAAAGCUUUGGUCCAGGAGCAGGUACGCGAGCUACAAAGAAGACUGAGUCAGUUCAAUAUAACUGUGAACGAGCUGACAGGUGACUCCAAUCUCACUAAACACCAAAUUGCGACCACUCAAAUAUUGGUCACGACUCCAGAGAAAUGGGACGUCAUCACGAGAAAAAUGAACGAUGCCUCUUAUGUUCGACUGGUCAGGCUGAUCAUUCUGGACGAAAUUCAUCUGUUGCACGAUGUAAGAGGACCCGUUCUGGAAAGUAUCGUGGCCAGAACGCUCAAAUACGUGGAUGACAACAAUGAGGAACCAGUGAGGCUGGUUGGACUGUCUGCUACGUUACCAAACUACGUUGAUGUUGCCCGAUUCUUGCGAGUGGACGAAAGAGGUUUGUUUUAUUUCGAUGCGACCUACCGUCCAUGUCCGCUAGCUCAGCAAUUUGUUGGCAUUACGGAGAAGAAGUCACUAAAGCGAUUUCAGGCAAUGUAUGAAGUGUGCUACGAUAAAGUUGUGGAAAAUCUUUCCAAUGGACACCAGGUGAUUAUUUUUGUGCACUCUAGAAAGGAGACGGAGAAGACGGCUAAAUGGAUCGUGGACAAGCUGAUUGAAACAGAGAGGGUGACAGAUUUGCUCACGUUUACUUCAGGAGUCCAAGAGAUUCUGAGAACUGAAGCGCAAGAAGCGGCCAGCGAGGGCCUCAAAAAUGUGCUACCUAUGGGUUUUGGAAUCCAUCACGCUGGAAUGAACAAAAAGGAUCGGUCUACGACCGAGGACCUUUUUGCCCAAGGCUAUUUGAAGGUGCUGGUUUCCACGGCAACUCUGGCAUGGGGUGUGAACUUACCUGCGCAUACGGUCAUUAUAAAAGGUACGAAUGUUUAUUCUCCUGAGAAAGGCACGUGGGUUGAGCUCUCCCCUCAGGAUAUUCUUCAGAUGCUAGGAAGAGCUGGUAGACCGAGAUAUGAUACUCAUGGUGAGGGUAUAAUUAUCACCAACCAGGACGAGGUGAAGUACUACCUUGCAAUAUUGAAUCAGCAGCUGCCAAUUGAGUCCCAACUGGUUUCCAAGCUUGUGGACAAUCUCAAUGCCGAAAUAGUGCUGGGAACCAUCCAGUCUUUGGAGGACUGCAUAAAAUGGCUGGGUUACACCUACCUGUAUGUCCGCAUGUUGCACUCACGCAGUUUGUAUCACGUUGGGAUGGAAUACGAAAAUGACACAGAUCUAAUUGAAAGACGACGCGAUUUGGCAUACUCCGCUCUUCUGCUGCUCAUGAAAAACGGGUUGAUAAAAUACAGCUUUGAAAAAGACCAAAUAACGGCCACUGACAUGGGCCGCAUUGCCUCGCAUUACUAUAUCUCUUACAGAAGCAUUCGCAAUUAUUCCAAACACCUGCAUCCUGAUAUGAACGAGACUGAUCUGUUCAGAAUGUUUGCUAGCAGUGAGGAGUUCAAAUACAUUCCUGUCAGACAGGAAGAAAAGAUGGAAAUCAAGAAGCUGAUGGAGAGAGCUCCAAUACCGGUGAGCGAAUCAAAUGAAGAUCCACUAGCAAAAAUCAGUAUUCUGCUUCAGGCCUAUAUUUCACAGCUUCGACUUGAAGGUUUUGCUUUGAUGGCAGACAUGAUUUAUGUGGUUCAAUCUGCUGGUCGUCUAUUUCGGGCCAUGCUGGAAAUGGCGUUAAAGAAGGGCUGGCCCCGGCUAGCAGCUCUACUGAUUGACCUAUGCAAAAUCAUCGAAAGACGUUUAUGGUUGACGAACUCGCCGUUCCGGCAGUUUCCUAAGGCCCCCUUUGAGAUCAUACAAACUACUGAGCGGUCGAUGACUCCGUGGAAAUACUAUUUGCGUCUUUCUGACGAAUUCGAGGUUGCGCAGGCUCUAAAGUCUGAGCGGUUCGGACGUAUUGGCUUCGAGCUGCUUCAAAAAUUCCCCAAGUUGACGAUGUCUUGCCAAGCCCAGCCAAUCACUCCGUCAUUACUGAAGGUGGAGGCAGAAAUAAUACCUUCGUGGAAAUGGGACUAUGAUAUCCAUGGAUGGAGUGAGCAGUUUAUUCUUCUUGUGGAAGAUUGCGACUCAGAGAAACUUCUUUAUUACACCACCCUCAUUGUGCAAAGCAAGUACAUUGACCAGCCACAUUUAGUUGAUUUCACCGUGCCAUUCAUUGAUUCUUCACAGCCAAACUAUUUUGUGUCUUUGGUUAGCGAUCGAUGGCUUCACUGCGAGACAAGGGUGCCCAUUAUGUUGAGCAAUCUCAAAGUGCCGAAAAAAUUCCCUGCUCCUACACCCCUUUUGGAUUUUGAUUUGAUUGAGACCAGCGAAGUUGGAGAGUUCAGCAAGAUUUUCAGCUUCAAAACCUUCAAUAGGAUCCAAUCGCAGGUUUUCGAUACUGUGUUCAAUACAUCGGAGAGUACGCUCUGUUUUUGCUCUAAGGGAUGCGGAAAGACUACAAUUGCGGAGAUUGCAUUGCUGAGCCACUGGAAUGAAGAAAAAGGUCGGGCUGUUUAUCUUGCCACUGAACAGUAUCAAAUUGAUCAGCUAUUGAAACGCUGGAAAAAGGUCUUAGGUCCGCUAUUUGGGGGCAAAGAGAUAAAUAAGUUGACUGGCGAAUUAAGUGCGGACUUGAAAUUAAUCGGAGGCUCACAUUUGAUCUUGGCAACUCCCGAACAGUUUGAUCUCAUUUCUAGGCGUUGGCAGCAAAGAAAGAAUGUGCAAUCGAUAGAGCUCGUUAUUGCAGAUGACUGUCACGCAAUCGGUUUUGAUCCCGUUUAUGAGCUUGUCCUGAGCCGUCUUAGGUUUAUCGCCCUCAAUUUGAAGAAAAACAUCCGAAUCGUUGCUCUAGGUUCCCCUCUGGCAAACUCAAGAGACGUUGCUGAUUGGCUUGGUGUCUCCAAACAAUGCAACUUCAAUUUCGAUUCAAAGGAAAGAGAGUAUCCUCUCGAAGUAAAAUUCCAGGCCUAUCAGCUGACACACCAUCCAUCCAUGAUUUUAGCAAUGAUUCGACCAGCAUUCAACGCAAUCAAGCAUCUUAACGAGGAAAGGUGUACGUUGUUUGUACCGUCAAGAAGCCACUGCGUCGAUAUCUCCAAGGAGCUGAUUAGAUUGAUAACGAAAGACGACGCCAACUGGCUGAGAGUCGAGUUGGAAAGUAUUGAAAAGUAUCUGGACCGCGUACAUGAUUCAUCUUUGAAAGAAGCUCUCAAGUACGGUAUUGGUUUUUACUACACGGGCAUGGCAAACAGUGAUCGGACUCUUGUUGAGAAAUUGUAUUCUGCCGGCGCCCUGACAUGUUUGAUCGCCACCAAAGAUACCUGUAAUUGGUCUCCGCCUGCGGAAUUUGUCAUUGUCUUGAGCACACAAAUUUAUGAAGGAAAAGAACACAGGUAUGUUGACUACACAAUCAACGAUAUACUUGAGAUGGUGGGCCUUUCGAGAAACCAGAAAGCGACUUCUAGGGCGUUGAUUCUCACAAAUGAAGAGAAAGUCGGUUAUUACAAGAAGUUCCUUGGAGAGUCGCUGCCAAUUGAAAGUCAGCUCACGUAUCAUAUUCAUGAUGCAUUUGUGAACGAUAUUAGCACCCAGCUACUUAAAAGUCGACAGGACUGUGUUGAUUGGAUAACUUACUCUUACUUCUACAGAAGAUUACAAAGCAACCCAAGCUACUAUGGCCUAAGGGAUACGAGCGAGGACGGUGUCUCCGAGUACUUGUCUGAGCUUGUUGAAAACACACUGAAUGAUCUGGUUGAGGCCAAAAUUAUGAAGCUUGAUAUUGAUGAAGACGAGGAAGAGGAAGAGGAAGAGGAGCUCAAGGAUGAAAUAAAACCUUUGAACGGCUGCAUGAUAUCUGCGUACUACAAUGUCUCGUUUGUGACUAUGCAAACGUUUUCACUGUCUCUCAACAACAAAACUAAUUUGCGUGGACUCUUAGAAAUCGUGGCUUCUGCUCAUGAAUUUGACAACCUUCCUAUUCGAAACCACGAAGACGAAUUCCUAGGAAAGCUUUACAACCGACUCCCGUUGAGAAGCGUGAGCCUCAAGAACUUUGAAUCGCCGUCAUUCAAAUGUUUCGUUCUGAUUCAGGCCCACCUUUCGAGAAUUAAUCUGCCCCCAGACCUGACAGGAGACCUGAACAAAAUUUUACUGAAGCUCGUGAACCUGUUAUACGCGGCCGUUGAUGUUCUCUCAAGUGAAGGUUUCCUAAACGCUAUGUCUGCCAUGGAUCUGACACAGAUGGUCGUCCAAGCCAUGUGGGCCAAUGACAACCCGUUGAAACAGAUCCCUUACUUCAGCGACGACAUACUGAAAGAAUGUGAGGCAAAGAAAAUUGAGACUGUGUAUGACAUCAUGGCGCUUGAGGACGACGACAGAGACGAGCUUCUCAGAACACUAAACGAAAAAGAGCUUGGAAGCGUUGCCGAAUUCGUUAACAAGUAUCCAAACCUCGAACUGUCAUAUGAAUUGGAUCUCAAAGAACCUAUCAGAGCAAAUCAGCCCAAGGAAAUUGUGGUGAACAUUGAACGAGACGAGGAACUAGAAGAUUUGGACGCCGUUUGUCCUCGGUUCCCAUACAAAAAGUCUGAGAACUGGUGGAUUGUCAUUGGCGAGCGCAGGAGGAAAGAAUUGUAUGCUAUUAAAAAGCUUACCAUUCCCCGGGAGUCCCAGCAAGUGCGUGUGAAUUUUACGAUACCUGAUGCUGGAGAGCAUAGGCUUGGUAUAUGGUGUGUUUGCGACUCUUACAUUGACACAGAUAAACAGAUCGAGUUUGACGCGAAGGUGGAUUAG